AUGGGAGCAAGAUGGGCAGGAAAGAGCUCCUCUGCGAACACCAUACUAGGGGAGGAGGGGUUUGAACAUGGCCGAGUAAGAACAAUGCAGUGCGAGGUGAGGCAUGGAGAAGUCAAUGGCCAGAAGUUGAAGAUUGUAGAUUGUCCAGGCUUCAAAGAACUCCUGAGUGAUACUUCAGAGCCUGAUAAACAGCAGAUCAAACUCAGUGUCACCAAGUGUCUUCCCGGACCCCAUGUUGUCCUCUUAGCUGUUCCAGCUGACACAGGUUUCACAGAAGAUCGAAAACAACUUCUGGUGCAACAUAUGAAACUUUUUGGAGACAGAGUCUGGAGAUAUGUCAUAGUCCUCUUCACUUGUGGUGACUACCUGGAUGAGGGUACUUCUAUCGAAGAUCAUAUUAAGAAUGAAGGGAAAGCUCUUACAGAUGUGCUGGGGAAAUGUGAAAACAGGUAUCAUGUUUUUGACAACAGGAAGAAAAGCAUAACCAAUCAAGUCCCUGAGCUGUUACAAAAGAUUGGACAGCUGGUGGAGGACAAUCAUGCACAAUACUAUGAAGUGGAUAGAACUAUUGUUCAGAGGAUCGAAGAGAAACGGAGUCUGAUGAAAGAGAAUGCCGCGAGGAGAAAAUUAGAAUAUGAGAAACAAAGAGAACAGUCAAGGAAAGCCUUAAACAUUGAUAGCCCAAUCCCAGAAGUUAGGAUCGUUCUCCUUGGAAACAAGAAUGCUGGAAAAACCUCUACAAUGAACACUAUCCUAGGCAUGGAAGACCUUGAGACUGGCAGGACAACCAAUUCUGUCGUGACACAUGGUCAUGUGGGUCAAACCGCCGUAACAAUUGUUGAUACACCUGGGUGGAGGAAGAGCUUCACAGUAGUCGACACCACAGAGAGGAUCAAACAAGAACUCAUGCGUAGCCCAUUCCUGUGCUCACCUGGGCCACACGUUUUCUUACUGGUAAUUGAUAUAGACGCAUCUUUCACUGAGAAACAUGUCUCAGCAGCACAGAGUCAUCUGGAGCUUCUUGGAAAUAUCUGGAAACACAUAAUAGUUGUGUUUUCUGGAGGUGACUGGCUAGGGGUAAAGACGAUAGAGGAACACAUUGAGGGGGAAGGGAAAGCCCUCCAGUCCCUAGUGAACAAAUGUAACAACAGGUACCAUGUCUUUGACAACAGAAACACAGAAAAUGACAGACAAGUCACAGAGCUCCUUCAGAAAAUCAAAGAGAUGGUGGCAGUUAAUGCUGGAGAACCUUUCCAUCCUGAUAAAAAGAUUUCUAAAAUGCUACAGCAGAAAAGGGCGGAAGCAGAAAAAUUUGCCGCGAGGAUACAGACCACUGUGAAGGCACAGACACAGGAACUGAAAAAAGAGUCAAUGAAACUUUCAGAAAUUAGAAUUAUUUUACUGGGGCAGAAGACAGUCGGUAAAAGUGCAGCGGGAAACACAAUUCUUGAGAAAGAAGUGUUUUCCCAUAAUAAUGACCAACAGUGUGUGACUGGGGAAGGUGAGGUGGCUGGCAGAAAGAUAACAGUAGUAGAUACACCAGGGUGGGAAAACACCCUUGACUGGGAUCAAAAAAUUGUCAAAGGUGUGUCCCUUUGCCCUCCUGGACCACAUGCUUUUCUACUAGUGGUACCCCUGGACUUGGCUCUCUCAUUUGAAAGUAAACGUUCUCUUGAAGACUGCAUGUCCUUUUUUGGUGAGGAAGUCUGGAGACACACUAUUGUUCUCUUCACAUUUGGGGACAGACUGGAAGACCAGACAAUUGAGGAGCACAUUCAGAGAGAGCACCCUGUUCUGACAGAGCUUGUGGAAAGAUGUGGACACAGAUACCAUGUUCUCAACAACAAGAAUAUCGGUCAAAACACUCAGGUCUUGCAGCUUUUGGAGAAGAUUGAGCAGAUGGUUGCUGCAAAUCAAGGCCAGUACUUUCAUCCUGACAUGGCUAUGAUUAAUAAAAGAGUGCAAGAGAAAUACGAGAAAAGAGAUUUAAACAAGUUCCUCCUGGAGAAGUGUAAUAGAAGGGAACUGGAACUGAAGGAUGAAUUCAGGCGAUUCUUGUGUGAUCUCUUGGAUUCUGAUCAAUCUGAUACCUUCAAGUUAAAGACAAAACAGGACAGAAAGUUGCCUGGUGAGAAAGAGCUUGUACAGAAGAUCAAACCUCUAAGCCUUCUACCACGAAGCAAGGAGAGUAAAAAGAACGAGGAGAUACAGAGGAAAAUUGAAGAUAAAAUAAAGCGGUUGGAUGAAGAGAUAAAAUUUAGGGGGAGCGCUUUACUCAUACCUCCAAGCAUAAGCGAUGGCCACCCAGCUCCAUCCACUGUCUCAUCCUCAAGGCGUGACUGGAACAACAUCAAACCAAAGACUAAGUUUGGGGAAGUCCUUAAAUGGCUGUCCAAACAGGAGUGCAACAAAGAUCAUCCAACAGUGUCAUCUGAGACCUCUGAUUACAAGACGCUGUCAUCAGUAUCGUUGUUUGCACAGUCUGAAGCUGGGAAGACUUAG